UUCUGAAAAACGUGUAAUGGCUGCUGCAGCAGUAUGUACACAUGGAUAACACACACUAGCUUUAUCUAGGGAAUUUCAGAAAUUUUAAAGUAUAUAACAUCCAACUGUGAUUUAAAAGUACUUUCUUUUCAACGCGGGUUCGCUGAAGCAUGUCUGUGUUUGGAGGACUGUUGAGGAGCGCGGUGACCUUCUGUCAAUCUUCGGCUCUGCUGUGUAGCAGAUCCUUCAGCACAGGCACUUGUGCUAGAAUACGAAUGCACGCUAUUCCCAAACUGAAAGAGGUGGAUCGAUGGACGGAGAAGAGAAGUAUGUUUGGAGUCUAUGACAACAUUGGGAUCUUGGGUGAUUUCAAAGCUCAUCCCAAAGACUUAAUCAGAGGACCCGUGUGGCUCAGAGGCUUCAAAGGAAACGAGCUUCAGCGGCUCAUCAGGAAGAAGCGGAUGGUGGGAGACCGAAUGAUGACAGAGGAUAAGCACAACCUGGAUAAGAGGAUCAGCUUCCUGUACCGCCGCUUCAACAGAUACGGCAAACACAGAUAGACUCAAUGCCAGCCGUCACAUACGUGUCCUUUUUUCUUGCACUGAUGUGGAAUUAAUCGUGUGUCAAAAGCUGCAUUUGUUCAUUAAACUGUAAAAACAUCA